CUGCUUAAUUUUAUCAUGUCGCCCCUUUCUGAAUUUCCUGACUAAAAAGUCUGUCUGACAUUUCUCUCUCAGUCUCAGCAGGGGAGCGGGGAAUAUCUCAAGCCAGCCACAAAAAGGGAAACAGGGUGUCCCAUUACUCACCAGGACAGGGUGAAGUCUUAAUAUGAGUCCGUCAUUGUUGCUGUGCUGUUUGCUGCUCUGUUUAGCCUGCUGUGUCACGGUACACACACACAUGCUUAUGGAGGAACAAUACAGCUCCAACCAAACAACCAUCAGCUUACAAGUCAAAAACCAAACAGAUGCACCUCCUGUGCUCAUAGUCGGGCUUUCAAAAACACCUAAGAAGAACAAGAAACUGGAAAAGAAACCAAAAAAGAAAUUAAGCAACCGAAUAAAGAGACCUCCUCCGCCGCCGAACUGUGUGCCGCUGUGGAGCAGCUGUAAGACGCCGAGCGCGGUGUGUUGCGAUCAGUGCGCCUUCUGCCACUGCCGCCUCUUCAAGACCGUCUGCUACUGCCGCAUGGGAUACCCGAAAUGCUGAACACUCUCUGACAGGAGCCAUCAUGAUCCGGAUGAUCAUGUGACUGUCCCUAUCUUAAAGGCUUGUUUAUAAAACCCUGUGGGAUUAUGACAACCGAUUAUCUAUGCACUCCAUCAAAUAGCCUAAUCAUGAACGCGAUCCGAGUUCUCGGAGAUUUCAAGGCCUGAUAAACCGACAGCUAGUCAGAAGCGUCUGGGAAUAAAGCAGAGCCACCUGGGUGACUACCAAAGUCAACUUUUAAUUACUUAUAAACGUAUUUUAAAAGGUUCACGUUAAUGAAAAUAAUUAUUAAUGUUUUUAUGAACACUUUUGUGAUGUAAGCACUUUAUGGAGAAAAAAAAACAACGUUAAAGCGCCCGUAACCUGUUUGAGCUGCUAUAGCCUAUACGUGCACUAAACCAACAACAAAAAACACCACAAUUGCCGCCAAAAUAGUUUUGUCGCGUUUACGUCAACCGCAACCACUCUCAUUAAUAAAUAAAAGACAAUAAA